GCUCUGCCCCGGGGUUUUAUGCACCUGUCCGGGUUACUGCUCGCCCUGGAGAAGGAGGAGAAGGGAUCUGUCCCGGCCAUGUGCUCGGUCAGCGAGGGCGGCAGCACAGACCCCUUCGUGGCCCGCUUCAGGCAGGUGGAGGAGACGCUGGAGAAGCUGCACCGGGAGAACAGGAGCCUGAAGAACAAAGUGCCUCGCUACAACGCGCUCUGCACCCUGUACCACGAGUCCGCCCAGCAGCUGAAGCACCUCCAGCUGCAGCUGGCGGCCAAGGAGGCGACGAUCCGGGAGCUGCGGGGCAGCCUGGCCCGGCAGCCGCAGCCCCCGGCGCCGGGAGAGGCGGGGGCGGGCGCGGAGCCGGCCCGCUCGCUGGUGGAGAGCCUGCUGGAGCAGCUGGAACAGGCCCGGGAGCAGCUCCGGGACAGCGAGCGGCUCUCGGCGCGGAGGGUGGAAGCGCUGAACCAGGAAGUACAGAAGUUGAAUCAGCAGCUAGAGGAGAAAAAUGGAGAGAUACAGCAGAUGAUAAAUCAACCCCCAUAUGAAAAGGAGAGGGAAAUCUUACGACUGCAGAAGACCUUGGCAGAGAAGGAGAGGGCUCAAGCCACCAGUGAUGUUUUGUGCCGUUCACUCACCGACGAAACUCACCAACUUCAACGCAAAUUGGCAUCCACAGCAGAAAUGUGUCAACAUCUGGCAAAGUGUCUAGAAGAGAAGCAAAGAAAAGAGAAGGGGAAUUCAGAUGACCAGAUACGUACUGAAAGAUCUAAUCAGCUUUUAGACAAUGAAACUUCACUUCAAGCUCUUAUCUGCAACCUACAAGAUGAAAACAGGAUGUUAAAACAAAAAGUAGCUCAUGUGGAAGAUCUGAAUGCCAAGUGGCAGAAAUACGAUGCGAGUAGGGAUGAGUACGUGAAGCGACUCCACUUGCAGCUGAAGGAGAUGAAGACACAGCUGGAGCAGCAGCACGGCGUGGCUUCAGCACCAACAAAUUCUGACCUGAUGCACAAGGAGAUAUUCAGGCUAAACAAGCUACUGGAAGAAAAAAUGAAUGAAUGCAUAAAAACAAAGAGAGAACUAGAGGACAUGAAGAAGGCCAGUGAAGGAGAUAACGAGCGCAUACAAAUGCUGGAGCAACAGGUCCUGGUUUAUAAAGACGAUUUCACAUCUGAGAGAUCAGACAGAGAACGAGCACAGAGCAAAAUACAGGAACUUCAGGCAGAAGUUGCAUGUUUGCAACACCAGCUAGCAAGAAGACAGGACUCAAGAGACACAAGUAGUCAUUUCAGAGUUCACACUGGUAAAAAAAAUCACUUGCACCUACAGACGAAUGUGGAACAUCUGCAAGGCAGCAGCCCAGGCCAAACAGGCACGAGAAGAACACCUUCACAGUCUGAACAAACUUCUCCUCCUGCCGACAGCGGAAACUCGGGAUUGGAAGGCAGGGCACAGGGUGAACUCAGAUGCCCUCACUGCAUGAGGUUUUUCAGGGAUGAACUCAGCGAUGAAUUCCUCAAGCACGUUGCUGAAUGUUGUCAGUGACCACGGGAUGUGAGGGGGUGUAAGUCAAUCACUACUUUAUAGACAUAAAACUUGGCUCUAUCCACAUCUCCUACAGUCCCCGAUCAGAGUAAUUCAAAUGGAGAGCUCUUGGGAAUGAGGAGAAUGAACAGCAUCUACCUCUUGCUUAAUUUCACCUUCUCUUGGACUGUAUGAAAGGCCUCAAGAGAAAAAAAAGUGUUUUUCUGAAGAAUUAUUUUUGACAGCUCCAAGGAAGGAGGCAAGCAUAAUGCAAAUUCUACUACAAACUAAACUGAAACCUGCGGUGGGAGUUCAGCUUCAGAGUGCAGCUUGAGUCCUAUUUGGGUCUAAUUCUCUACCACAGUCUGAUGGCUUGUGAAAAAAAUUGCUGAACUUGAAAUUUUCCUCCUCUUCCAAAAAUGCAGGCUGAAGAACAGGGAGCAACGUUUUUACAAAAGAUAGGAAAAAAAUCUUACUGUGCUUUAUCUGGAUUAAAAGUGAAAGUAUUUUCUUGUCUGUUGAUGCUGAACUUUCAGACAUAUAAUCUGAAAAUCCUUGUGUUUAACUGAAAUCAGAAGAAGUGAAAAAACCAUGAAGGGGCUGGGUAUUGACUAAAACUAGCCUGUCUUUUUGCACAGAGACAAGGUACAGGGAUAUUUAUAUUUUCUGUGCCACAAGUAACUAUUUUACAGAUUUGUAAAUGUGUAUUUGUGUAAUUAUUGAUUAUAUUCCUAUUUUACCUAAGGAUUAUUUUUAUAAUAAAAGUGAUUGGGCAGUUGCUUUACUACAUUAGUAAAGGGGUUGAAAAUCUGUCUUUCACUGUAAGUAUUUAAAUGUGAAAUAGUCCCAGUGGCUAUACUAAAGGCUAAUUAAAUGUCACUGCUUCAGA